UUAUCUUGCACACUUCUAUAAAUUAAUAAAAUUCAUGUGUGUCUAUUUUAGAUGUGCUAACCGAGAUAAAUUAUCAUAUUGUUUAGAAUAAAAUGUGUUGGUUAUAAAAUAUAUAUACAUAUAUAGGCAAAAUUACAAAAAAAUAUCCAUAUGUAGUUUGUGAAACUUGCUACACAGAUAUCUACUUCGGGUGUGUUUGUUUGGGGGUUUGGAUUUUGAGUUGGGAUUUGAAUAGUAAAAAUUUUGAAUUUGAAUAGUUGUAUGAUGUGAUAUAAAUAGGGUUUGAUGUGAUGUUUUGAAUGUAAAAUUGAUUUUUAGUAUAAUAUAAAAAAUGAAAAAUAGGUGUUUGAUUUGAUGUUUUUGGGGGAAAAAAAUUGGAUGAAUAGUGGAAAUCCACCAAAAUCCUUCAAACAAACACACCCGAAACUAAAAUUUCAAUUGCAUAUGAUUUUCGAAAAUGUUGUGCAUUGCCUUCAAUCCAAUUUUGAUUGACGGUGUUAACAUUUUGUUUGUAUAAACCGUUAUGCCCCUCUUAAACCUUUUACUGGGAUAAAAUCGAGGUAAGGGUAUAUUGGACUAGGAAGAGAAGUUGAAUCAAAAUGUCCAGUGGUGUGAAGAGUGGUGUGAAGAGUGAACUUGUGACUCGUCAUGGGUUCAAACUCCAACGUGUUUGGGUUCAUCUGCCACACAUGGUUCGUCUAGUGUGACUUGCCCCAUCAGACCUAAUUUGCAGAGUAUAUAUUAAGUUUGUUCAAAGAUUUACCCAGAGCACUCGUCGAGUAGUUGCUGUAGAUUCUCAUGUUAUAUUAAAAACAAAAAAACAAAAAAAAAAGGUAAAUCAAAAGGGCAUUUGAUCGAACACAUUGUUGUGUAUCAUUUUUAGUAGCCACGUGAUUUUAAAAAGUAAGUUUGAGUAAUAAUCAGGGUAGUUUGGAAAAGUAAGAAUAAUUUUGUUAUGAAAUGGAUACCACAAUUACUAAAUAAUAAAACAAAACAAUUGUUUUGAAACAGAUUUCCAAAGACACAGCGAAUUGAGAUUGGUAUGCACCUACUGCUAAUUAAUUUAUUUGCUAGGUUAUAUGUAUAAUAUAAAUAUAUAAUACAAAGCAUGCUUUGAUUGAAAGCAUUUCAUUUCCAAAAGAACCAAUCGUAAAGCAUUAACUGAACUACAUUCACUUCACUUCACUUGAAAGCAACAUUCAAAGAUCAUCCUUCCUAUAAAACCCUUUCAUGACUUCAUCGAAUCAUAUAAUCACAUUUCAACCUCUUCCAAACAAAAAAUCAAAUAAAAUGGCUCUUCUUUCUCUUCCCAAGUUACUUCUACUUCUUGCAAGUUUCAUGCUCUCCUCUUUGUUGAUCUCGGCCCGCGAUUUCUCGAUCGUGGGCUACUCGCCGGACGACCUGACCUGCAUCGACAAGCUCAUCAACCUCUUCGAGUCGUGGAUCGACAAGCACGGCAAGAAAUACAAGACCCUCGAGGAGAAGCUCCACAGGUUCGAGAUCUUCAAGGACAACUUGAAGCACAUCGACGAGAGGAAUAAGGACAUCAGCAAUUACUGGCUCGGAUUGAACGAGUUUGCGGACAUGAGCCACGACGAGUUCAAGAAAAUGUAUUUGGGACUUAAGGCUGAUCAAAUCCCCGCGAAGAACGGCUCCCCUCGCGAAUUUAAGUAUAAGGAUUUCGACCAAUUGCCCAAAUCUGUCGAUUGGAGGAAGAAAGGGGCCGUAACUCGCGUCAAAAACCAGGGCUCUUGCGGGAGUUGUUGGGCGUUUUCGACGGUGGCUGCCGUGGAGGGUAUCAACCAAAUCGUGACAGGGAAUUUGACGGAGCUGUCCGAGCAGGAGCUUAUCGACUGUGACACAACGUAUAACAAUGGCUGCAAUGGAGGCUUGAUGGACUACGCAUUCGCUUACAUAGUUUCGAAAGGUGGACUUCAUAAGGAAGACGAUUAUCCCUACCUUAUGGAGGAAGGAACUUGCGAAGAAAACCGGGAUGAGUCGGAAAUAGUCUCCAUCACCGGAUACCAUGAUGUUCCGGCCAACGAUGAACAGAGCCUCUUGAAAGCACUUGCAAACCAACCAUUGAGCGUCGCCAUCGAAGCCUCCGGUAGAGACUUCCAAUUCUACAGCGGGGGCGUGUUUGAUGGGCAUUGCGGCAGCGAGCUCGACCACGGAGUUGCAGCCGUGGGGUACGGAUCGAGCAAGGGCGCGGACUACAUUAUCGUGAAAAACUCGUGGGGGCCAAAAUGGGGCGAGAAAGGCUUCAUUAGAAUGAAGAGGAACACAGGAAAGCCCGAAGGAAUGUGUGGAAUCAACAAACUUGCUUCUUUCCCUACCAAAACCAAGUGAAAUUAAAAUGUCGAAUUUGUAUCGUGUUGUAUUGUGUCUGUGUCCGUGUCCGUGUUGCGUUAUUUUUCUAAAAACUUUCAUCUGUAACAAAAUAAGAUUAUUCGUACUCUUUCUUAUUUUUUUUUUGAAAAUUAUAUUGAAUUGAUGGACUAAAAUUAUAUUCCCUCUAUCGGUUAUUGAAUUUAUAUGUAAAUUUA